CUUAUCAACGGCCUCGAUCACAUUCAUCAACUAGGCAUUCAACAUCGAGAUAUCAAGCCGACCAACAUCCUCAUCCACGAUAACAAUGUUCUUCUCGCCGACUUUGGUAUAUCGACUGUGGGUCCGGGUAUGACCCGUACGACUGAGCUGGAUAAGCCCCGUGCUCGGACACCAGCGUACUGCGCUCCAGAAGUUGAGGAAGGACACACUCGCAGCCAGGCAGCGGAUAUCUUCUCAAUUGGA